GCCACCCGACGCUAACGCGAGCGGAGCCGCCCGAUCCUCCUCAUCGGACGGCGAAGCGCCUCGUCCGUCCGAUCCGGUGCCCUAGCCCCACGCGCCGCUAUAAAAAACCCGCCCCCAUUUUGGCCACACCAAGAACACACACGCUCUCUCCCCCACAACCCAAUCCCCAUCCCCUCCCGCUCCUCCACGCGCGACGCGAACUCUUCAAUCCUCUCCCAAGGGAGCGUAGGGAGGCGAAGAUGAGGGAGAUCCUGCACAUCCAGGGCGGGCAGUGCGGGAACCAGAUCGGGUCCAAGUUCUGGGAGGUGGUGUGCGACGAGCACGGCAUCGACCCCACGGGGAGGUACGUCGGCACCUCCGACCUGCAGCUGGAGCGCGUCAACGUCUACUACAACGAGGCCUCAUGCGGCCGCUUCGUGCCGCGCGCCGUGCUCAUGGAUCUCGAGCCCGGCACCAUGGACUCCGUCCGCACGGGGCCAUACGGCCAGAUCUUCCGCCCCGACAACUUCGUCUUCGGCCAGUCCGGCGCCGGCAACAACUGGGCCAAGGGCCACUACACCGAGGGCGCGGAGCUCAUCGACUCCGUCCUCGACGUCGUCCGCAAGGAGGCCGAGAACUGCGACUGCCUCCAAGGCUUCCAGGUGUGCCACUCCCUCGGCGGGGGCACCGGUUCCGGCAUGGGCACGCUGCUGAUUUCCAAGAUCAGGGAGGAGUACCCGGACCGGAUGAUGCUCACCUUCUCCGUGUUCCCAUCCCCCAAGGUGUCUGACACCGUGGUCGAGCCCUACAACGCCACCCUCUCGGUUCACCAGCUGGUGGAGAACGCCGACGAGUGCAUGGUGCUGGACAACGAGGCGCUCUACGACAUCUGCUUCCGCACCCUCAAGCUGACCACACCUAGCUUUGGUGACCUGAACCACUUGAUCAGUGCCACCAUGAGCGGUGUCACCUGCUGCCUCCGCUUCCCAGGGCAGCUGAACUCAGACCUCCGCAAGCUUGCCGUCAACCUGAUCCCCUUCCCGCGCCUCCACUUCUUCAUGGUGGGCUUUGCGCCGCUCACAUCUCGUGGGUCACAGAUGUACCGCUCCCUCACUGUCCCUGAGCUCACACAGCAGAUGUGGGACUCAAAGAACAUGAUGUGUGCUGCCGACCCACGCCAUGGCCGCUACCUCACAGCCUCGGCCAUGUUCCGUGGCAAGAUGAGCACCAAGGAGGUUGAUGAACAGAUGAUCAACGUGCAGAACAAGAACUCUUCCUACUUCGUGGAGUGGAUCCCCAACAACGUCAAGUCAAGCGUGUGUGACAUCCCACCACGCGGCCUCUCCAUGGCGUCCACCUUCAUCGGCAACUCCACCUCCAUCCAGGAGAUGUUCCGGCGUGUGAGCGAGCAGUUCACGGCCAUGUUCAGGAGGAAGGCUUUCUUGCAUUGGUACACUGGUGAGGGGAUGGACGAGAUGGAGUUCACUGAGGCCGAGAGCAACAUGAACGACCUUGUCUCCGAGUACCAGCAGUACCAGGACGCCACUGCCGACGAGGAGGGCGAGUACGAGGAAGAGGAAGAGCUGGAGCAGGAGUAAGAUCGGUGACGAUUGCAUCUCUCCGUUUAUGUGGUAUUGUGGUUUUCGUACAACUGGAGCUUGUUACUAGUAGAGACUAGAGGGUACCAUGGCUACAACUCUGCUGCUUGUUUGCGUGUCUUGGCAUGUAUUGGAUUUGUACUGCGUUCGUAUGUAGGCAUGUUCACUCGAUGCUAUGUUUCUUUGCGUGAAUUAUUUAUUCUAUGUGAGGUUUCAAGCAAGUGGAUUUGAAAUACAGUAGAAUGCUUUGAAGUUUGAACA